AUGGCGGUCCAAUCGCAUAUGUCGUCGGCGUCACUUCCUUUGCAAAAUCCGCGGUCAAAUUCGACUGCGAUGUCCAACGUGAUGAACACGGCUGUCACAGAGCUUGAUUCUCUCUACUAUAUCUGUGCAAAUGUUAAGAGAAGGUUGGAGCAAUUACCACAAUUACAUCCGUAUAUGAACCUGGCGUAUGCUUCGAGUGAAGUGCUAAGUGAGAGACAAUCGCUGUUUUUAUCACAGAAGCAGCAGCAACAAAAGGUUAACAGCCAUCAGAGUAUAUCAUCGACCUUUAGUGGCAGAGAUAGCCAUCCUAUUAUUAGUAGUACGGCCAGAACAAGUUCUAUCUCGAAUUCUAGUUUGAAGGAGGAACUGUCGCUAGAUGGCAUUACUUAUACCUCUUCUUCACAGGGGAAUGGAGGUAGUAAUAGUGGGAAUGAAAACAACAAUAAUAUGGAAGACACACUUUUGACGUUCAGUAUGGGUAUACUCCCGAUAUCGAUGGAUUGUGAUCCAGUAACACAGCUUUCACAACUUUUCCAACAGGGUUCGCCGUUAUGCAUAAUAUUCAACGCUGUGAAACCCCAGUUCAAACUCCCUGUGGUGUCUUCUGAUGAUAUCAAGAUCUGCAAAAAGUCCAUUUACGAUUUCAUACUAGGUUGCAAACAACAUUUUGCCUUCAAUGAUGAAGAACUAUUCAAGAUAUCCGAUGUUUUCUCCAAUUCAACAAGCGACCUUAUAAAAGUUAUAGAUGUGGUCAGAACGCUCAUGAACUCACAACCAGAGAUCUUCUCCACAACACAUGAUAUCGAAGAGCAGUUAUUGCGUGAGCUACAACAUGUGCCUAUCAACUCUGAACAGUCGAAGAUUAUGAAGGAACUUGUUGCCACAGAGAGAAAAUAUGUUCAUGACCUCGAGAUACUGGAGAGAUACAGAAAACAACUGUUAGAGAGCAAUUUGAUCACUACUGAAGAGCUUUACAUGUUAUUCCCAAAUCUGAGUGACGCAAUUGACUUCCAAAGGAGAUUUCUGAUUUCAUUGGAGAUCAAUGCCCUCAUUGAUGCGCCUAAGCAACGAAUUGGAGCCUUAUUCAUGCAUUCCAAACAUUUUUUCAAGUUGUACGAACCUUGGUCCAUAGGUCAAAACGCAGCGAUCGAUUUUCUAUCCAGUCAUUUGGAGAAGAUGCUUAGGACAGACUUCAUCAUCCGCAACAAGCUAGAGCUACAAUCUUUUCUUUACAAGCCCGUACAGAGACUGUGCAGAUAUCCGCUUUUGUUAAAAGAACUGCUCCAGGCCUCACAGGACGUAGGCAACUCUAAAGAACUUGAGAUCGCCCUCGAUAUCUCUAAAGGAAUUGCGAGAAGUAUUAACGAAAAUCAAAGAAGGACCGAAAAUCACGAAGUGGUUAAGAAGCUCUAUGGGCGUGUCACCAAUUGGAAAGGUUACCGAAUUGCCAAGUUUGGGGAACUACUUUAUUUUGAUAAAGUUUACAUCUCGACCAACAAUGCAUCCGAACCAGAAAGAGAAUUCGAGGUUUACUUAUUUGAGAAAAUCAUCAUUCUCUUCUCUGAAGUUAUACAAAAGAAAACUGCAUCACUUUCGCUCAAGAAAAAGCAGACAAACUCUGGCUCUUCAUUGAGUUUGAAUUUGACAGGAUCUCAUAGUAGCUUCAACACGUCCUUCAAUGGUGUUUCUGAAUCAAAAUUAGAUCUGAGGGGACGCAUAAUGAUAGUCAAUUUAAAUCAGAUUACCCCACUGGAGUCUCACUCUUUGACUAUCACAUGGGAGUCCAUUAAAGAGCAAGGAAAUUUCAUACUAAAGUUCAAGAACGAGGAAAUUAGGGACAAUUGGAGCUCUUGUCUACAAUCCCUAGUGCGGAAAGCUAGAAGCGAGUCCUUUAGAAGUGUGAACAGUAAUGAACAAGCGUCAUUUGCAUCUCCGGCACAAUUUAGACGUGCGCAUACAAGUAUGAGCUCCCUCAACAGCUCGCAAGGGAAGCAUGUUUCCGAUAUGUUGGCCAAACGCAACACAUCCUCUUACGAAAGCGAGUAUCGUUCGAUAUCAGAAAAUUAUAAAAACUCGAUACCGAAAUCUUCACUUUUGAUAAGAAUCGCUUUCAAUUCAGACUUCUAUACAGUUCUGGCUGAGCUGAAUUCAACUGUCGAUGAAGUUUUACUCAUAAUACAACGUAAAUUGAGUCAUUCCGGAAAUGUGAAUAAGAUAAAAUAUCAGGAUGAAGACGGUGAUUACGUCAUGCUUGAAUCGGAAGAGGAUUGGACUGUCGCCAAAGAAAUGCUGAAAGAAAGUGAAGAUCGCAUUCUCAACGUCUGGGCGUAUGGUUAA